CCCCUUGGCUGGACAUUCAGCAGUGGACCUGGCCGUUUCCUUAUCGGAUACUGGACAUUGUGAAUUCAUGUUAGUGGUUGCAGGGUUGCUCAUGUUUCUGCAAAUAGUAUUCAUCGUGGUCUGUCAUGCAGUUGCAGUCCUUGGCAUCAGUGACCCUUCUGAGGAUUGCUCCUGAUCUUUGUUGGGUGGUUCACAGCUGCUUUGGUCUGUAGCUAGUUUAGCCCCAGUGCUAAGGGGGAUGCCCCUCUGAGGAUUCUCUGCAGAACCCUGGGCAUGAGGAGGUGUUUCCAUGCGGGCGUGUGGGAACAGUUUAUUCCCGUUUCCAUGUGAGCUCUGAGGAGCCUUCUCUCUGCCCCUUGCCCGGGAUUCGUGCCCCUGCCUCCUCGCGUAGUUUCUCCCACAGGUACAGAGCUGUCCUUAGCCGAAGACCUGAGGGGCCCCACCGAGGAUACUGAGCUCUGCUUCCCAUGCCGCCCCCUCCUCGUGUCCUGGCCGCCUGGGCCUCCUGAGUGUCUCCUCGACUCAGGAGAAAGCUUGUUCUGCGCGUCCCUUCUCUGCACUGUCACCCAGUGUCUUGAUUUCUGUUCUCUCUGGAAUUGCUGUCCUGCACUGUUAGCCCCUGAAAACCAUCACAUCAUUUCACGUCCAGUUUUCUCAUUGAUUAGGAGCCCCCGUUAACUCCAUUUUCAGUGAGUGAAUAAGCAAAGGGAACUUCAGGAAAGUGAUGCCCUCCAGCUAAGCUGGCGUUGUUAACGCUCCCUUUUUUCUUCUUUUUAAACCAGUCGUGUGUGAAUGGGAACUGGAAGGUGGCACGAGCUGUAAGGGAGGGCCAUGGUCACAGCCUGGUGUUGGCUUCCCAGCAAAUUGGCAUUUAUCAGCGUUGUACAUGGUGUCAUUGGUGGACUGAGGGGCCUGCCGAAGAGCCGCGCCUCUGGCGGAAGCCCACAUGCACAAAGAGCAUUUGCGUAGCCUCCCUCUCUGCCCCGCCGCCACGGCAGCAGGCUUGGACGACGGGGAGCCGGACCCACAAGGCCACCCACCUCAGGCUACUUUGUCCUUGGCCAGAGGGCCAGGAGGAAGGCACUGGGCGUCCUGGGACAGUCUCUGCUCCUGCCUAAGGCCCUGUCCACGGCCGCAGCUGGUGGCUCGUUUGUAACCAGGCCUGUCCUGCUACAGCUCCCUCCAGGGGACAGGCACUGACGCUGACCACUGGCUGUGCUUCUAUGCAGGCCCUGGGGAAGGAGUCUGGAAAGCCAGCUUCACAAGUUUUCUAAGCUGUAGAAUUGGGAUGAGAGCCAGUACCACUCCUUGGACCCCCAUGAUUCCCGGGGAGACAGAGGUCUCUGCGGCUGUUCUUCUCUGGGGGGCACCGUCUGUUCCAGCAGCUGGGAAUCUACAUGCCUCAGGCCUCCUCCCUGGGGAAGUGUCUGAACAUCUGGGUGGAGAAUGGGAACAGGGCCCUAUAUGUGCCCACAUUUGAGGGCGCAGCAUAGGCAGGCCCUCUGGGGAGCCCUUAUGGCUGUUGGGGGCCUUGGUAGGACAAGUGCGGCAUCCUUGACUCACAGCAGGCCCGCUGUGGUGACUGUCCUGGAGGCUGGGUAGGGGAGGCUCAUGUGCUGGGGCAGAAUGGUUCAGUGGGAGCCUUUCUCCCACGGGCUCUCACUGCACAUGCCCCCACCCCCGAGAGAAGUUGAGUCAUAGGAACAUCACAGCCGCACAGCUUCCUGUGGUAGUGGGGGGCCAAGGAGAGGCACCCAGGGGAGGGGGGAACGUUGCUCUAUGUCCUACAUCCUGAGGUUCAGAGAUGCUCCGAACAUGGGAUUUGAGCAGAGGCUGAGGACCAGUGGACACUGUGACCAGGGGAGGUGGGGAUGUGGCACCAGCCUUCCCUGGCUGCUCAUCUCGGAAGGAAUGACACCACACCUGGGACUCAGGUCUGAGGGUCUGUGGUGAGAGCUGUGGUGGCCACUGCUUAGUGGGGCUGCACCAUCCCAUGGACAUUGACCUUCCUGAGCAUCCUGCUGGGCUUGGACAUGGGCAGCCCUCUCCUCUCCAUGGAGAUGGGCCCACACCAGCUCCCCCCUGGGGUCUGCUGUCCAACAGUCCUCAGCCUUGGCCUAGGACUUUGGUGACAGGGCAGAAUUAUUCUGUGCUUUCUGCUCUUUGGUUAUGCUUCACCCAAGUACCCCUCUGAUGGCCACUUACCUCCCAGGAAGCCUCCCCGCUCCCUCCUGUUAGGAGCUGUAGCUUUGGUGCCCCCUUACCACUCUUGGAUAUGUCUCUGUUCUGCCAGGAUUUGGGAUGUGGAGGCUGAAGAGCCUGAGCCAGUGGUAGAAGCCUUUCCUUUACUUGGUUGUCAGGGACGACCAAGUCGGGUUCCUUUUGUGUGAUGGGGAAACCAGAGCAGCUGAAGAGAUUGGAGCAUCUGAAACCGUUGUUCUGUCAGGAAGGGCCCUGCCUGACAUUCAUCUUUUCAUUCAGCAGGUACUUGGGUGGGCAUCUGCUAGGAGUCAGGCCUUGUUUAGGUGCCUCUCUGUAAGCCCCAGCUUUUGUGGAAGUUACAUCCCGUGGGAUGAGACUGACCAUAACAUAUGCUAGAUGUGAUUGGUGGCAAGAAAAAAUAAGCAGGAUAAAGGAGAUAAAGUAGUGAGACAAAACGUGCUACUUAAGUAGGAUGCUGUGGCACGGUGACACCUGGGCGGAGGUUGAGACAAGGGCGGGACAAGCCACAUAGCCACCUGGAGGCAGAGUGCUCAGCAGAGGAACAGUGCAGAGGCCCUGUUUACACUGUCAAUGGGAAGCAAAGGCUAGUGUGUAUAGGUAAGCCCCAUGGCCAUUCUUGGGCAGGAAGCAUGGCAGGCACUUAUAGUUCUUGUCAGAAACCAGCAUUGCCCGUUGAGCUGAGGGGGGAGUCCCCAGAAAGGAGACAGGCCUGGAGCUGGCAGUCUGCAGCCCCAAGCCGCCUCUUCCAGGAGUAAGGUAAUAAACCUGAGCUGAGGUGGGUGUUCCCAUUCUCUGAGGAGCUGUAGAACCAGCGUAUAGAAUGUAGGGUUGCUGUGUCCUGGCAUUGUGCCAUCUUUACUUUUGCAGAAUAAGUACUGUAGAUUCCAGACAAGAUACAGAGAUCUCUAGGCCCAGAGAGUCUUGGUCGGGUGGAGGGAAAUGGCCUGUGUCCCUUCUGGCCAUCUCUCAUUCUCUCAUUGGCUGGCACGCCUCUGCACAGGACAUUUAUAGCUCCAAGAUGUCCAUACAGCCUGUCAGACCAGCUUGCCUAGUUAUCAACCCACAUCCUCUCCAGCGCCCUACUUCUGUGACUCAUUCCAGUUAACGAAACAGACUGCUUCUAGCUGGAGAAGCUCAUGGCAGCCUGGCACCUGCUGAAGGCCUAGGGAACUGGCCGUUAAUUCAGAAGACAUCUGCUCGAAGCACUGGAGUAUCCCUGGCACCUGCAGCGCAGAGGGGAGCUUGAAGAGGGCGAAAAAGGAUCUCAGGAUGGAGAAAAGGUCCUGGAUGAUCUGGGAGGACCUGAAGUCAUCCCCCUGUAUGUGUGAAGGGGGCAGGGGAGAGCGGGCCCCGAGGAGAAGGCACGACGACAGAGGCAGUGCGGGGAGUGAUGCGGCCACCAGGAGCCCCCGGAGGGUGUGCGGCCUGACUCCAAGAUUGCAGCUCAAUGAAAUGGAUUUUGGGGCUCUGGCCUCUAAAUUGUUAGAGGAUAAACCUCUCUAGUUUCAGCCACCAAGUUUGUGGUGACUUGUUACAGCAGCCACGAGAAAUGAGUACAAAUGGGAAAAUCAAGGAUUCCAAAAAGAAAUGACUGGACCCGAGGCCCAGCUUGGACCCUCCUUGCUGCCGGACCGUGUCCUUGUGACUCGACCACUAGUAUCACCUGCUCCUGGAACAUAUGCUUUCCAAAGAAGGCUCCCUGGUGCCUUGCUGGCAAGUAAGGUGGCGUCUGCAGCCCCACAGCCCCCAGUGCUGCACAGCAUGUGCUCCUGGUUGAGAGCCCCGGCUCCUGGCCAGGGCUUGUAGUUGGUGACAUGGGUCCUGGGACACAGAACAGCCACCACAGGCUCCAUUCGUGACAUGGAAUGUCUAGCUUUGGCUGCCAGCUCCAAGGUCACCUCAAGUCCUACAGCCAGGAGCAGCCGGCACCCCCCAGCACACCUGUCGCCAUCCCUGGGAAAGACACACGUGUAAAGGACACAGAGCCUUUGGUUGUAUUAUUAGACUUUUUAAACCAAGUGCAAAUGUUAUCAGGUGCUCUUGAGAGCCACAAGGACCUGUGCCUGCUGGAAUACACACAUGCCAGCUGCCCACCUGCUGGGAAAGCCACACAGGCGGCGCUACUGUUCUCUGAUCUCCAGGUGAUGCCCUGGGAAGGUCACAGCUGCCGAAACCUUUAAAACCCCAGGUGGGGGCCAACAUUCUGUGUGGGGAUUUGGAGUUGCUGCAGCUCUCAGUUGCUUCCCUUUGUGGAUUUUUUCUUCAAGCAGCAAAAAGAGAAAAUUGAUACUGAAGAAUAUCAAUUCUUGAUUCUCGGCAGGAUUCCUGUAUUUGUGGAAGUCACGUUUCAGAAUGAGGGCGGCCAGGCUGAUGGGUGCACUGCUCACCCUGGCUGGCCUGCUGCAGCUGGCCCUGUCCCUGAGGAUAGCAGCCUUCAACAUCCGAACUUUCGGGGAGACCAAGAUGUCCAAUGCCACUCUCUCCAACUACAUUGUGCGGAUCCUGAGUAGCUACGACAUCGCCCUCAUCCAGGAGGUCAGAGACAGCCACCUGACGGCUGUAGGGAAGCUGCUGAAUGAACUCAACCGGGACGACCCAAACAACUAUAACCAUGUUGUCAGUGAGCCGCUGGGACGCAGCACCUACAAGGAGCGUUACCUCUUCGUGUUCAGACCCGACCAGGUGUCCGUGCUGGACAGUUACCUGUACGACGACGGCUGCGAGCCCUGCGGGAACGAUACCUUCAACCGGGAGCCAUCUGUGGUCAAGUUCUCCUCCCCCUUCACCCAAGUCAAGGAGUUUGCCAUCGUUCCCCUGCAUGCAGCCCCGUCGGACGCAGUGGCUGAGAUUGACUCUCUCUACGAUGUCUACCUGGAUGUCCGGCAGAAGUGGGACUUGGAGGACAUCAUGCUGAUGGGCGAUUUCAACGCUGGCUGCAGCUACGUGACCGCCUCCCACUGGUCAUCCAUCCGCCUGCGUGAGAGCCCCCCCUUCCAGUGGCUGAUUCCUGACACCGCCGACACCACGGUUUCAUCCACACACUGUGCCUACGACAGGAUCGUGGUCGCAGGGCCUCUGCUCCAAUGUGCCGUGGUUCCCGACUCCGCUGCCCCCUUUGACUUCCAAGCUGCGUUCAGACUGAGCGAGCAGACUGCCCUAGCCAUCAGUGACCAUUACCCGGUGGAGGUGACACUGAAGAGAGCCUGAGGUGGAUGUGGUCUGGGCUCUGGCUGGCUGCUCCCAGGGACCCAGCAGAGAACAGCAGCUGAUUGUGUCAUCACAUUCAAGUGCUGGGGACUGAGUAGAGGCACCCAGGGCCAGUCCUGAGUGCUCCCACCCCUCCCUCUUGUCCCCCAGCAGCCACAGCAGCUGGGAUGUGAGGAAGGGGACGGGAAGGAGGCUCUUCCUCACUGUACAUGUUUCCAUCCUAAGCCUGGGGGGGGGGGGUUGUCACCAGGGCACCCCGCCUUCUGAGUCUGGACAAAAAGUCUAACACUAAGAAACAACUUUUAAUUUAAAUAAAGCUCCAAAGGGGGUGUCCUCA